AUGAGAGUUACGAGUGUUCCCAAUCCCACCAUUUCGAUCCCAUCACCCUCCUUGCAUCGCGGUCGACCGUCGUCGUCAUCUACGGGUUUGGUCAUCACUGUCCGUCGACGGCGUUCAUCUCCUCGGCUAACCGUUCGAUAUCAGGCUUUGGGGUUUAAUGGUCACGAUGAUGAGCAUUUCAGCAAGAGCUCCAUAAAGUAUUGGGACAAGCGCCACCAGAACAAGUUCUUCAAGGAUCGGCAUUACCUGGACAGGACUGGGGACAGUACUUUUCCGAUGAUAAUACAAUUUCUCCAAAUGGGAAGGUUGUUUUAGAGGAGUCCUUUUAAUCAAUUUUAUGCAUUUCAAGCAAUGUUCCAAACCACAUAAGU